CCUCGGCAUUUGGCAAUUCCCUUGCGUUUUCUCGCUCGAACAAAGCCCUAGUCCCUAGAUCCCCCUCUUGUUUCAUCUUCUUCAUUCUCUCUCUCUCCGAUCUCAGACGCAGAGAAGAUCCGGCGAAGAUGUCGAGUGCUUUGGACAUGUCACUUGACGAUAUCAUCAAGACUAAUCGGAAAUCCGCCGGAUCCCGUGGGGGCCGCGGCAGCGGUGGUCGCGGAUCCGGUGGUCCGGGUCCCGCUCGCCGCUUCGCCAACCGCGUUGGAAACCGAGUGGCACCGUACUCAACGCCGGUACCAGCUCCAGAUUCAGCGUGGCAGCACGACAUGUUCGCGGGCGAUGCAUCUAUGGCGGCGGGUUUUGGGGUCCUUUCUGCGGGCGGUGCUUCUUCAAUUGAGACUGGAACUAAGCUUUACAUUUCCAAUUUAGAUUUCGGGGUUUCCAACGAAGAUAUUAAGGAGCUCUUCGCAGAGGUUGGUGACCUUAAACGAUAUGGCAUUCAUUACGACAGGAGUGGAAGAUCGAAGGGUACAGCUGAGGUUGUCUUCUCCAGGAGAGCUGAUGCCAUGGCUGCUGUCAAGAGGUACAACAAUGUUCAACUGGAUGGCAAGCCAAUGAAGAUUGAGAUAGUGGGGACAAAUCUCUCAGCUCCAACUCCAGCUCCGCCUCCUUUGCCUGCAAACAGGAUGUUUGGAAAUUUAAAUGGUGCCCUCAGAAGAGGCAGGGGAAGAGGUGGUUUUGCGGGGAGGCCACGUGGUGGUGGAAGGGGGGGAGGUCGUGGGAGAGGUAGAGGUCGUGGAGGUGAAAAGGUGUCGCAAGAGGAUCUUGAUGCUGACCUGGAUAGCUACCACAAAGAGGCCAUGGAAACCGAAGGAGGAAACUAAGGCGAAUUCCAGUUUGAGCUUUAUACAUGGCAUGUUUUUGGUUUUGUUCAGGGUCCAUGAUAAUGCUUUGAUGUACCAGACUUUGCUCUUUUGUUAGAUUGAAUUUGUAAGAUUGUCAAUCUGGGUUUUGGCGUUAUUGCAGGGUUUAGCUGUGUCUGUACCUGUACCAUGGGAACUUGAUCCUUGCUUUAAAUUUAAACUGUUGCCUCAAUGUUAGAGGAUA